AUGCCAACCAGGCGGAGCUCCGAUUCGGCCGUGCAGCGACCCCUAGGUCUGGAUUUGCACCGCUCCUCGGUUCUGCCUCUGUACAGUGACUACGGGGCAGCGACCGGCGAACUGGGGGGCCUUCCUGCUCUGGGGAGCGUGCCAGGGCGUCACCGACUGUCUGGGAAGGCCGCAGGCUCGCAGUACGAACUCAAGGACAACCCCGGGGUGCACCCUGCCACCUUCGCAACCCACACGGCGCCAGCUUAUUACCCCUACGGCCAGUUCCAGUACGGGGAUCCCGGGCGGCCCAAGAACGCCACGCGCGAGAGCACCAGUACGCUCAAGGCCUGGCUCAACGAGCACCGCAAGAACCCCUACCCCACCAAGGGCGAGAAGAUCAUGCUGGCCAUCAUCACCAAGAUGACGCUCACGCAGGUCUCCACCUGGUUCGCCAACGCGCGCCGGCGCCUCAAGAAGGAGAACAAGGUGACGUGGGGCGCGCGCAGCAAGGACCAGGACGACGGCGCCCUCUUCGGCAGCGACACCGAGGGCGACCCCGAGAAGACCGAGGACGACGAGGAGAUCGACUUGGAGAGCAUCGACAUCGACAAGAUCGACGAGCACGACGGUGACCAGAGCAACGAGGACGAGGAGGACAAGCCCGAGGCGCCGCACGCGCCCGCCGGCCCCGCCGCCCUCAGGGCUGGGCUCUGCCGUGGGGGUGGAGGAACGCCUGUCCGAGCGGCUAGCAGGAGUGCACAGAGAGGACCCCCCACCUGUCCCCCAGUCCUAACCCCUCUGCCUCUUUACCGCUCCCUCGCAGAAAGAGACCUCGUCCCCAGGCCGGAUUCGCCAACACAGCAGUUAAAGUCGCCCUUCCAGCCGGUACGCGACAACUCGCUGGCCCCGCAGGAGGGGACGCCGCGGAUCCUAGCAGCCCUCCCGUCCGCCUGA